UGGAACGCCUGUCUCUAUGCAACAUAUAAACAGCCGUUUGAACUGUUUAUUUUUUGUAGAAAACCAAGAUGAAUAGAAUUCGAUUGCUUUUUGCUUUUCUAAGUACAUUUUUUGCAUUAGAACUGUUUUCGUUUGUAGAUGGCCGAGUUCAGCAUAGCUUAAUUUAUGAAAAUGAAGAAAUUGCAAGAGUUUACAUGAAAGAUUUAGAUAAAAGAAUGUCCCAAGCUACGGAAAAGAUGGUAAAUGCCAGAUGGAAGUACAACACCAAUAUUACAGACUAUAACCUUGAAGAAAUGGUUGAAGAGUCCCAGGAGUAUUAUAAGUUUCAGAAAACAGCAUGGAAGGACACCAUUCUAUUUAAGUGGGAAGGUUUCAAAGAUGAAUUUUUGAAACGACAAUUUAAGAAACUGUCUGUACUAGGAACAGCAGCGCUGGAAGAUGAUAAACUAGAAAAGUUGUCAUCUCUAGAGGCAGCAAUGGAAAGGACUUACAGCACAUCCACAGUCUGUAUCCGUGACACCUGUGAUUUAUCACUGGAACCAGAUUUGACUCGUAUACUGGCCUCAUCACGUGACUACGAAGAAUUGAAGGAGGUGUGGCUUAAGUGGAGAGAUGCUGCAGGAAAGCCUAUCAGGGAUCAAUAUAUUGACGUCACGGAACUGGGAAACGAGGCAGCAAAGGCCAAUGGAUUCUCAGACUUAAGUGAAAUGUGGUUGGCCCCCUACGAGUCUGAGACGUUUCGCGCUGACGUUGAGAGUCUGUGGAACCAGCUUCGCCCUCUGUAUCAGAAAAUUCAUGCUUAUGUCAGAAUGAAAUUACGUGACAUAUAUGGAGACAAAAUGCCAGAAGAUGGGACAAUUCCUGCCCAUAUUCUAGGGAACAUGUGGGCACAAUCAUGGACAUCUCUUCUUGAAGAGUUAAAGCCAUUUGACAAACAAAGUAUUGACGUAACAAAGAAAAUGCAAGAAUUGAACUGGGAUGCAGAGAAGAUGUUUAAAGUUUCUGAGGAAUUUUUCACUUCACUUGGACUUAUUCCAAUGCCACCGGAAUUCUGGGAACAUUCGAUGUUAACGAAACCGAAGGAUAGAGACGUUGUUUGUCAUGCUUCUGCAUGGGACUUUUACAACGGAAAAGAUUUUAGAAUUAAGCAGUGUACUGACGUCACUAUGGAGCAGCUAGUCACUGUUCACCACGAGAUGGGACACAUUGAGUACUAUCUUCAGUAUAAACAUCAACCAGUGGUGUUUAGAAGAGGAGCAAACCAAGGUUUUCAUGAAGCGGUUGGUGAUAUAAUGUCGUUGUCCGUCUCUACUCCAAAACACUUACAGGAAAUCGGAUUGCUUGACGAACUCGUAGAAGACGAAGAAACCGACAUUAACUUUUUAUUGGCCAUGGCUCUUGAGAAGAUCGUUUUCCUGCCCUUUGGCUACCUGAUGGACUUGUGGCGGUGGGAUAUAUUCAGUGGUAACACUGCAUAUGAGAACAUGAAUAAAAAAUGGUGGGAGUUGAGGAUCAAAUACCAAGGAAUUUCACCUCCAUCGAAACGUUCUGAAAAGGAUUUUGAUGCUGGUGCUAAGUACCACAUUCCAUCAGGCGUACCAUACAUUCGAUACUUUGUUAGUUUUGUCAUCCAGUUCCAAUUUCACGAAGCACUCUGUAAAAAAGCAGGCCACGAGGGACCACUGUACAAGUGUGAUAUUUACAGGAGUAAAGAGGCAGGAAAAGCUUUGAGUGAAGCCCUCAGUAUGGGGUCAUCUCGACCAUGGCCAGAAGUGAUGAAGUUAUUGACCGGUGAGUCUACUAUGAAUGGAAAAUCCUUAAUUUCAUACUUCGAGCCUUUGGAGAUUUGGUUGGACAGUCAACUGAAAGAUGAAGUUAUUGGUUGGCCUGACGCUAAGCGUGAGUAUCAUUUCUUUUCGAUCUCCUCUGUCUUGUAUCAGAAAACCAAAAUGGACCGAAUUGAAUGGUCGCUUGUUUUAUUGUGUGUUACCACCACAGUGGGGCUGUUUGUGUGUGUUGAGAGUCGGGCUCAGCACAACCUUCCGUAUGAAAAUGAAGAACUUGCAAGAAUCUACAUGAAAGAUUUAAACAAACAUAUGUCCCAAGGCUUAGAAGCAACAGUAAUUGCCGAGUGGAAUUACAUCACGAAUAUCACAAAUUAUAACCUACAAAAAAUGAUUGAGGAAUCCCAGAAGUAUUACAAGUUUCAGAAAACAGCAUGGAAGGACACCAUCCUUUUUAAGUGGGAAGGUUUCAAAGAUGAAUUUUUGAAACGACAAUUUAAGAAACUGUCUGUACUAGGAACAGCAGCGCUGGAGGAUGAUAAACUAGAAAAGCUAUCAUUACUUCAGGCAGAAAUGGAGAGGACUUACAGUACAGCAACAGUGUGUAUUCGUGACAAAUGUAAUCUGGCACUGGAACCAGAUUUGAAACGUAUAAUGGCCUCGUCACGUGACUACGAAGAACUGAAGGAGGUGUGGGUUAAGUGGAGAGAUGCUACAGGAAAGCCUAUCAGGAACCAUUACGUUGAAGUCACAGAACUGGGAAAUGAAGCAGCAAAGGCCAAUGGUUUUUCAGAUUUAAGUGAAAUGUGGUUGGCACCCUACGAGUCUGAGACGUUUCGAGAUGACGUCGAGAGUCUGUGGAACCAGCUUCGUCCUCUGUAUCAGAAAAUGCAUGCUUAUGUCAGAAUGAAAUUACGUGACAUAUAUGGAGACAAAAUGCCAAAAGAUGGGACAAUUCCUGCCCAUCUCUUGGGGGGCAUGUGGGCCCAAUCAUGGGCAUCUCUCCUCGAAGACUUAAAGCCAUUUGACAAACCAAGUAUUGACGUAACAAAGAAAAUGCAAGAACUGAACUGGGACGCAGAGAAGAUGUUUAAAAUGUCUGACGAAUUUUUCACUUCACUUGGACUUAUUCCAAUGCCACCGGAAUUCUGGGAACAUUCGAUGUUAACGAAACCAAAGGACAGAGAUGUUGUCUGUCAUGCUUCUGCAUGGGACUUUUACAAUGGAAAAGAUUUUAGGAUCAAGCAAUGUACUGAUAUCACUACGCAGCAGCUAAUCACCGUUCACCACGAGAUGGGACAUGUAGAAUAUUUUCUUCAAUACAAAAAUCAGCCCGUAGUUUUUAGAGAUGGGGCAAAUCCAGGUUUUCAUGAAGCUAUUGGGGAUACAAUGGCGUUGUCCGUUUCUACUCCAAAACACUUAUAUGAAAUCGGGUUGCUUGACGAACUCGUCGAAGACGAAGAAACCGAUAUCAACUUCUUAUUGGGCAUGGCUCUCGAGAAGAUCGCUCUUCUGCCCUAUGGUUACAUGAUAGACCUGUGGCGAUGGGAUGUCUUCAGUGGUAACACUGCAUACGAGAACAUGAAUAAAAAAUGGUGGGAGUUGAGGAUAAGAUACCAAGGUGUUUCACCUCCAACGAAACGUUCUGAAGAGGAUUUUGAUGCUGGUGCUAAAUACCAUAUUGCGUCCGGAGUCUCAUUUAUCCGUUAUUAUGUUAGUUACAUAAUCCAGUUCCAAAUUAAUGAAGCACUCUGUAAGAAAGCAGGCCACCAGGGACCGCUGUACAAGUGUGAUAUUUACAGGAGUAAGGAGGCAGGAAAUGCUCUAAGUGAAGCCCUCAGUCUAGGGUCAUCUCGACCGUGGCCGGAAGUUAUGCAACUCUUGACGGGUGAGCCCUCUAUGAGCGGAAGGUCCAUAUCCACGUACUUUGAACUACUAGAGACUUGGCUGGACAGUCAGCUAAUAGGUGAAGUAAUUGGCUGGCCUGAUGCUAAACUGGGGCUGUUUGUGUGUGUUGAGAGCCGGCCUCAGCACAACCUUCCGUAUGAAAAUGAAGAACUUGCAAGAAUUUACAUGAAAGAUUUAGAUAAAAAGUUUUCCCAAGCCUUGGAAGAGACAGUAAAUGCCCGAUGGGAGUACAACACCAAUAUCACAGAUUACAACCUUGAGAAAAUGGUUGAAAUGUCUCAGAAGUUUUACAAGUUUCAGAAAACAGCAUGGAAGGACACCAUCCUUUUUAAGUGGGAAGGUUUCGAAGACAAGUUACUAAAACGACAGUUUAAAGAACUGUCUGUACUAGGAACAGCAGCUCUGGAUGAGGAUAAACUAGAAAGAUUGUUAUCUCUAGAAGCAGAAAUGAAGAGGGCUUACAGUACAGCUAAGGUCUGUAUCCGUGACAAGUGUAAUCUGGCACUGGAACCAGAUUUGACUCGUAUACUGGCCUCAUCACGUGACUACGAAGAAUUGAAGGAGGUGUGGCUUAAAUGGAGAGAUGCUUCAGGAAAGCCUAUCAGGGAUCAAUAUAUUGAAGUCGCAGAACUGGGAAAUGAGUCAGCAAAGGCCAAUGGUUUCUCAGAUUUAAGUGAAAUGUGGUUGGCACCCUACGAGUCCGAGACGUUUCGAGAUGACGUCGAGAGUCUGUGGAACCAGCUUCGCCCUCUGUAUCAGAAAAUCCAUGCUUAUGUCAGAAUGAAAUUACGUGACACAUAUGGAGACAAAAUGCCAAAAGAUGGGACAAUUCCUGCCCAUCUCUUGGUGAAACCUGUUGUUUUUAGAAAUGGAGCAAAUCCAGGUUUUCAUGAAGCUAUUGGUGAUAUAAUGUCGUUGUCCGUCUCUACUCCGAAACAUUUACAGGAGAUCGGUUUACUUGACGAACUCGUCGAAGACGAAGAAACCGACAUCAACUUUUUAUUGGCCAUGGCUCUCAAGAAGAUCGUUUUCCUGCCCUUUGGUUACCUGAUGGACUUGUGGCGAUGGGAUAUCUUCAGUGGUAACACUGCAUAUGAGAACAUGAAUAAAAAAUGGUGGGAGUUGAGGAUUAAAUAUCAAGGAAUUUCACCUCCAUCAAAACGUUCUGAGAAGGAUUUUGACGCGGGUGCUAAGUAUCAUAUUCCAUCAGGUGUACCAUACAUCCGUUAUUUUGUUAGCUUUGUCAUCCAGUUCCAGUUUCACGAAGAACUCUGUAAAAAAGCUGGCCACGAGGGACCACUGUACAAGUGUGAUAUUUACAGGAGUAAGGAGGCAGGAAAUACUCUAAGUGAAGCCCUUAGUCUGGGGUCAUCUCGACCGUGGCCGGAAGUUAUGCAGUUAUUGACGGGUGAGCCCACUAUGAACGGGAAGUCAUUGGUCACAUACUUUGAGCCAUUAGAGACAUGGCUGGACAGUCAACUGAAAGAUGAAGUCAUUGGCUGGCCUGAUGCUAAACUUGAAGAUUAUUUCGAAAAUUGAGAAAGAGCUAAUGCUACAGCAAAAAGAACAUCGCGCCAACAGUAGUCAGAGUUUUUCUGUUGAUUAUUAAUGCCACGUUCUUGUAGGAAUUCGAAUAAAAUCAUAAAAUGUACAUUAUUUUACAAA